CGAGCCCCCGGGACGCGCGCGUGGAGGGCGCGGAGCGGCGCGGAACCCGUCAGCUUCAUUCACGUCUCUGGAGGCGACCGAUAUAAUAUUAUCUGUGUGCUUUAUGAUAUAUUUAGUGCGCGACGCGGCGAAAUAUUAGAAAACAAUCAGAACUGAUAAAAUUCUCUUAGCACGAAAAUAGACAAAACAGUACCGACACAAUUUUAGGAAAUGAAGUGAGCAACCGACGCUUAAAAAAUUAUAAUCUUAUCCUCAUAAAUUACCCUUCACAAAAUAUCUUUAAAAUAAGGCAAACUGUUGUGUGUUUAUGACAGUAAGACGGGUCGGUAGAGCGGUGGCAUGACGCGCGCGGAGUGCGUACACACUGCGGCACAGUCGAGCACAUGCGCAGCAGAAAGCGCUAAUUUCCCUGUCAGAGUACAAUUGCUUAAAAGAGGAAUAAGUGGUCGCGAGAAGGAAGGGAGCGAUGCAGCCGGCCGCAAGACGAGGCGCGUGAGUCCUGCCGAGCAGCGCCGCGCCGCCGCCACCGCACAAAAUGUUCAUCUACGAAUUCAUGGCCGGCAUCGUGGAAACCAUCACCGGAGGAGAUGACGAGGAGACCUACGAGCCGCAUGCCCACCGUAAAGUGGAAAAACCUACUUCGUACUCGGACACCAUGAUCCACCUGCUGAAGGGCAGUAUCGGUGCUGGAAUCUUGGCGAUGCCGGACGCGGUAUGCCGGCUGGGCAUCAUGUACAGCAUCAUCGGCCUGCUGCUGGUGUGCAUCUUCGCCACUUAUUGCAUUCAACUUCUAAUCGCAGCGCAGUACCAGCUAUGUAAACGGUGGCGACGCGGCUACAUCGCGUACCCUAAGUCGAUGCGGCUGGCCCUGCAAGACGGUCCACCGUGCAUGCGCUGGGCUGCUGGCAUGUCCUACUACUUCGUCGACGUGACGUUGGUCACGUGGCAGCUGGGCAUUUGCGUCAUAUACUUCGUGUUCGUCGCCGAGAAUCUGAAACAGGUAUGCGACUACUACGGACUGGAGCUGUCGAUAAGGAUACACUUGAGCUGCCUGCUGGCGCCGCUCACCGUGCUCAACCUGGUAAAGGAUUUGAAACUGCUGACUCCGCUCUCGACGAUAUCGAAUGUGGUGACAGUGUUUGGUCUGAUCCUCGUGUUCUUCUAUCUGGUGGAGGACGACGUCACGUUAGAGGAUGAGAAGUUGCAGAUGAAGCGCUACGAGGACAUCCCUGUGUUUAUUGGGAUUACACUAUUCGCGCUUGAGGCGGUUGGCGUGGUGCUUGCGCUCGAAUACAACAUGGAGCACCCUCGACAGUUCGUGGGCCUCUUUGGCCUGUUCAACAUCGGCAUGGCGAUCAUAUGCUUAUUGUACUUGCUGGUGGGCGUGUUCGGGUAUCUCAAGUUCGGGAAUGAAGUGGAGGCCUCAAUCACCCUCAAUCUGCCUUUUAAUCAGAAGAAGGCGCAAGUAGCAAAAGUGACGUUUGCAUUGGCUAUCUUCUUGUCAUUUCCGCUCCAGAAUUUUGUUGGGUACAAUAUUAUGUGGCGAAAAAUCAAAAAGAAAAUUAAUCCGAGCCGACAAUGUCCGAUAGACUACACGCUGCGUGUGGUGCUUGUCAUCAUUCCCUGGCUCCUCGCGGUCGCGGCGCCACACUUGGGCCCGUUCAUCGCGCUGUUCGGCGCACUGUGCCUGUCGCUGCUCGCGAUGGUGUUCCCCGCCGUGAUGGACGCAUGUCUCUGGUACCCGGACCGGUACGGCCUGUGUCACUACAAGCUGUUACGAGACAUCGUCAUCAUCAUCGUGGGCAUGCUGUGCCUCGUCUCCGGCGUCUACACCAGCAUGCUGGAGAUCGUCGAGUCUUAGUCUUUACAUGUCCACUUUCCGAUCCUUUAUUGUUACUCUGUAAUUACCACUGUGACCUUAUUUUGAAUAUAAUAUUAAUAUGUCUAAUAAACACUGUGUACUGUAAA